UAGGAUGGUUUGAUACAGUGUUCUGUUGUAUCUUACUUUGGGAAUGUUCUGAAUCCUCGUUCUGUUAUUCUUACAAUCUGUGAUGACAACACCAAUUUCCUCUUCUCAAACAUCCCCUCGUCUUCCCCAUGUUUACAUUUUCACUCCACCAAUUUUUGCCGAUGCUUGUUCUUACUACAAGCAGGUUUUCUGUACAGUUUGACCUUUUUUAAACCCAAGUGCUUGUAAAAUAAAACAUCCCUUUGACUAAUUAAAAAGUAGGGAUGAUACCGAUAUCGGGCCGAUAGUGCCUCAAACAGCUGGAUAGGGUAUCAUGACAAUGGGGCUGAUCUAUUCAGUUCAUUUCCUUGUUUAUAUACUAUACAAUAUAUACUGGAAUUUAUUUUUGACCAAGUUGGGGCUGCAUCAAAAAGGUUUACACUUGAAUUGUUAAUUUCAAGAUAUUUUACCAAGUUGCUAGUGCCAUUUAUCAUUUUAACAAUAAAAAACAAUGAGUAACUUUAUAUCAAAGUAUUUAUUUGUUACAUUUUAUUUUGCAAAGUAAGGAAAGCGAUACAGCUUCUUAACUAAACACAGGUAUCGGAUCUGUGCUCGGUAUCAGUGUUUUACCAAAAGCUCAGGUUUCGCUAUCGGAACUAAAAAAGUCAGAUCAGUGCAUUUCUAUUAAAAGGUCCACACUACAGUCCUAUGUCUUUAUGGAGUUGCAGCAUGUGUGACAAUAUGACAUAAUAACAUAUCUGAAAGGAAGUGAAAGCACAUUACAGUAAGAGGGUAGUUCUUAAGUUGAUAAUUCUUGAGAAAUACACUCACAUUGCUCCUCGUUUUUACUCAAACAUGAACAGAGACAAACUUUUCCUCAGUUCACGGCACCACAAAAAGUCGCUAGUGCUCUUUGCUGCACAACUAGCAAAGCACCGUACAAAUUGCUCCUCUGUGGGUGAAUUCUGCAAAAUCAAGUAGAACAUACAUGGACAAGCAGCAUCACAGCAACAGGAAAUGAAAUUUGCUUGAAAUAAUACAGGCUGUUUCCUCUUUUCACUUUACGAUUCUGACGGGAGACAAAGCUGCCACAUGCCACUGUGAACAUCAAGGGUGUGCCAUUUCAUUUGCGCAGCCUGGUGACAGAGGCAACCGCUAAUGUCAGCAGACACAUUUCAUUUUGGGAGAUAAAAGCCUCUGAUACGAAUACAUCUGCUCUUACUCCCUGAUGUAAUUAGAGACCUGGCACUGGUACAUCACGACAGCAGCAGGGUUACCAUGGAGACUGGCAAGCCGGGAUUGGUGAGUGCUCCAGUGCACAUCAGCUCUGUCGCAGCGCAGACAGAGAAAAGGAUGGACAUCCAGGCCCCGCUGACAGCUGUUUACAUCCACACGGUGCCCGCUCUACCAGCGCAGCCUUACCCCCUCGUGCCUCCAGCGACCGCCCGGGAGCCAGCCACACUCCAUCUGGCAAUGCCGCCGCUUUACUCCAAGGAGACGCUCCCCUUCCUGACACUCCAUAUUGCUGGUGGAUUGCAGUCUCAGCCGGGACUGAGUCUGGCAGCUGCUCUUCCUGCAGUCAGACCCAAGUCGGCCGGAAAGCACGUGUGUCCUCACUGUGGACGGGACUGUAUGAAGCCCAGCGUGCUGGAGAAGCAUCUCCGCUGCCACACCGGGGAGCGGCCUUAUCCCUGCAUCACUUGUGGAGUUUCUUUCAAGACUCAGAGCAACCUCUAUAAACAUAAGCGUACACAGGCUCAUGCCCGCCUCUCGUCUGAAUCAGAGCCGAGCAGCCUGGACAGCAUGUCCGGCUCCAGAGAGACCUGUACCUCCAGUUUGUCUUUGGAUGAGCGCAGCGAGGAUUCGGGCAGCAUGGACAAGGAAGCCACACUACCUACUGAUGAGAUCACCUGUCCAGCCAGUACUGCAAAGGUCUAUUCUGUAAAGUCACAAGGUUCUGUGAGUGAGCAGAAUGCGUUGACCCUUGCAGGUCAGAGGACGGAAGUAAAUGAGAUGGAAGCAAAGGUGAAGGAAGUACAAAAACAGAGGAUGGAAAACGAAAAACCUCCGUUGACUGCCGGUCGACAUCUUCCCCUUCAGAGGCAAGAAGCCACUCUGUUCUCCAAGCAGUGGGAGAGCUCUGUUUCCCGAGGGAAAUCGCAGAGCCACGAGAGCACAGACUCAGGCUUCAGCGAGAGCAGUGACCACUACCCGAGCCCCGGCAGCGUUUUACACGACCACAGUAUGGAUUCCCUCACCGAAUCUACCAAGGAGCAUCUUUCAGAAACCACCAACCCACAAACACCUUCCGGUCCAGGCCAAGGUGGACAAGAACCUAGAUGCACUGCAAGGCAGCAGGAGCAGAAGACGCUGGAGGAGCGCAUAUCUAAGCUGAUUUCAGAGAAUACAGCUGUUGUGGAGGACAAACAGCUAGAGCAUGUAAGGCCGCGGAAGACAGUUCUGUCAAAGCAGGGUAGCAUUGACCUCCCCAUGCCGUACACGUACAAGGACUCCUUUCAUUUUGAUAUGAGGAUCGGUAAGGCUCCCAAUGUUGGGUUACAAAGAAGCAGGAACCCCGAAUUCUACAGCUCUGUGCCCACUCAGCGAUCCAACACCAUGGAGCAUGCCCCCUUAACCCGCAGCAACUCCCUCCCUUUCAGUGUUACCCUCCUGCAGCAUGAGAGGAGCAGCCCAACCUCUUCCUUUCAGAGCGAUUAUGUAACACUUGCCCGGAGGGGAAGCUCUGGCCAGAUCAAUCCAACAGGUUUCGCAAUGAAGCCUGUAAACCAACAUUCAUCCGCCCACCGCCCAUUGGUCCGGCAGGCAGCCGUAGAUGGCAACCACGCAACAGACGGUCUCUUUGCAAAUUCAUCUGUGGAGGAGGCGUGCGCCAGCAGCCUCAGCUGCGAAGGGGAUGGCAGUGACAUUUGUGGAGAGCCAAGCAACAGAAAGUUCCGGAGGAAGAAAACACAAAAGUUUGCCUACGACAAGUGGUAUAUGUACGGGGGAGGGACAUUUAAGAAACUCUACAAUGCCGAGAAGAACGGCGAUGAUGGUGUCAGCAAAGGCAGGAAAUGUCCGGCAAACCCAGAGCACGAGGUUGUUCGGGGCCUGCCGAAAAGGUCAUCAGCAGUUCAGAAGGAGACGGCAAUAACAAUGAACUUCUCAAGCAGCAGUGCAACAGCGUGCCAACCAGGCUGCCCUCCUGCCAAACUAUCCCUCUCUGCUGUGGAUUUGAAUGUCAAAGCUGGCCAGCUUCACACAUCAUGCAGCUCUCUCAAGACUCCACUUCAGAGAAACCUGUCUUUGUCAGUGCUGCCAUUAUCUUCAGUUGGAUCAUUGGUUAGCCACCAAACAGACAGCAUGAGCAGAGCAGAAGCAAGGAGAACUGUUUAUGGAGAAAAACAUACUGACUCCACCUUGCAGCUGUGUGGAGCCCAUGUUCCCUCAGACAGGAAAAAACAGAAAACUGAUGAGAAAAUAAUUUUCCCUCUGGAGAUGGAAACCAAUCCAAACACACCGACCCAUCCCCGUCCCUCUGUCACUGGCAGUGCGCCACAGCAGGAUACAAAACUCAGUUACAUCAACCUCCAGAAAAAUCAGAAACAUACUCAGCUCACAGCAGCUCUCUUCCCAACGUGCAUAAUCAAUGCAAAUACACCGUCUGUCAGCUGCUCGCCUGCCAAGGCCAGCUUUCUGCCCAAGUAUCAGCUAAAGUUACCUAAUGCCGCUGAACCGGAUUCAAAUACUUCUCCACGUGCUGUGGAUAAACUGCCAGGAACUGGUGGUCGCACUAUCACCUCUGCUCUGUCAUCUCCUCUCACAGAGAUAACCUCACUCUCGCUCAAAACUUGCGAAAAGAAAUUUGACAUUCCCGUCACCUCACCGUUGACUUGUGAUAUUAAAAAGGCAAAUGCUUUCAGUUCCACACAAGACCAGCACCCCUCGCCUUGCACAGCCACGACCCUUUGUCGGGCUGAAACGCCAAGACUUAAUCCAGAUGCAACAUCUUGUUGUGCUGUCGUGCACAGGCAAUUUUCAGCAACCACAAUAACCACAACCUGCCUGCAAAAUGAUAGAGCAGGAUUAUGCAGCACUUCAUUAAAGCUCUCGCAAUCUGGAGCGGGCUCAGAGCCUUUGCAAUUACCUGUUUCACCCACGGUUCCGCACUUCCCUGUUGCACCUACCAUUGCCACAGCAAACAAUCCGUCACCUGCGGCUGUCACUACGGCUUUUGCACAAGGUCAACCUAAUCCAAACCCGCGCACACAACUCUCGCCAGCAUCAGACCCUUUAAACAGCGCACACAUCACCCCAGUCGUACCUUAUCACAUUGUACCGUUUGACCAGAUGCAGCCAGAUGCCCAGAACGUGUUUCACGUUCACACGGCAGACCUCCAGAUCUGCUUUCAGAUCAUAUCUGAUGAGCAGCUGGCUCUCAUUGAACCCCAGAUCGAGAGGCAAGCAGGUAGUGUCGUCUCGCAGAGGCGUGACGUGGAAGGAAUCCAGAACACCAUGCAAAGCUCUGUUGCAAUUGAAAGUAGUAAUGAUGGAAGGGGCCAUCAACAGCCAGGACAUCAACAGGGGUUGUACCAAAGUGAGUCUUCACUCACACUUGACCAAAAGAGAAUAAAACCUCCGCUGUCUGCACAAUUUGGGACGGUAGAGCCAAUUCUCCACCUGACCGAACUCCAUGAUUCCACUCAGGCUACAGAAUCAGCUGGAUCUACACGCCCACACAAACACGGUCAUGUAAACACGGUCACUGUGACUCAGAGCUGUACGGGUGAUGUUAUGUCAACUGCUGCUUCGCUUAAAGGUUUAGAGUCAGGAAGGAGCCAAACCUAUGAGCAGGAGCAAACCCUUUCUCUGAACCGUUGUGCUGAGGAGCAACUUUUGCCGAACAGGAGGGUCAGCCAAGGUGGAUUAAUCUCUCAAACUCUCUCUGGCCAACACAAGUUCAGCGAGACCCCUCUCUCUCCGAGCACAGUAAAUCAGUAUAAUAGUGAAAGACUGGGCAAAGAAAGCAAACUUCAAAAUCAAGCAGCUCCAUGUUGUGUAGGAACAAUGAGAGCAACAGGCGAAGCCUCUGCAUGCAAAAGCAGCAGGCCAGAAAGCGGGGAAACCUACCCCCCUCUGCAGGUUGCACUCGUUCAGGCCUCCGGUGCUUCAUGUGUUGAUGAACCUCCUGGGUCAGUGUCUUCAUUUUCCAUCAAUAAAUGCAAUUUUUUCAGACAGUUGAACCCACACAUGUCCAUCUACUGCACUAAUCUAAUGGAAACUACAUUAUCAGAGGCUCCGGAUUCAUCUAAACAUGCAAACAUGGGAUGUGACAGGGUGGGACCUUCAGACGAUUCGGCCCCUUUACAGGAAGUGACUCAGGAUGUAAUCAGCUCAACCCAUUCAGAAAAACAACUCGCUCAGUUUAUGUCAGUGUCUUCUAACAUCCAGGUAGAAAGACCCAAAGACACUUCAGCUGUGCUUACAAGUAUUCAGAGCCAUACUGCAGGACUUAUGGAGGGAUGUGCGGCCCAGAAGGAGACACUGGGACGUGGAGGGACCCCCGGGCGGCCAGACAGCACAAACGGCACAGACUGCACAGACGGCACAGACGGCACAGACGGGAGGCCAAAGCCGAGCCAAGAGGCCUGGAGGACAAACCUGCAGCGCGUGGAGGGGGAGGACGAGAACGGAGGAGGCGAGGCCGACUGGGUGCCGGGAAGGCGGGACAAGGCCGAGUUCACCUGCACAUACACGCCUUUAACAGAUAUGUCAGAGGAAGAAGACAGAGCGGUCAAGGCGGAUCCCUUCAAACACUCUUGGCUGUCUCAGCAACAUCUUCAGCAUCUUUCCCAGACGCACUCAGGAAUGUCUGAAUACCCUCCACGGAGCCCUCAGCAAGCUCUGAGCGACCUUAAUUCAAUGGCCAGCGGCGGUCAGACCGGACUUUUCAAUUCUCCACAGCUCCCGUUGGAUAUGAACAACUUUUGUUUCUCGCAACAACACUGGGAAAACAGCAGCAACCAUAACCAACAGGUCUCAUAUGAAUCUAGUUCGAGUCAGCGUAUCAAAGUGCGGGCCCAAUUAGUAGAGACACAAAAUGCUUUCACGCAAAGUAAGUCCGGCACUCAGCAAACGCAAGCAUUUCCACACCAGGACAGAAAGCGGAGUAACAUCAGUCCUGUGCAGCAAGGACAUACAGAUUAUAAAUUGACAAUAGGCAGUCACAAGAGCCCAAGUGUCUCGCCUGAUUCUUAUUCUGUUCAAGUCAGUAGAGCUGCUGCUAGAUCGACGGGGGAAACCCUCGCAUCAAACAACGAUGUGCUGGAUAAUAUUGCCGCACCGCCAUCAGAGCCUUUUCAAUUCCCAGAACCUGAUGAUUAUACUGACACCAAGGACGAGGCACCAAAUGACUACAACAAAUACCAGUCUUUUUUCUUGUCCAGCCAGCUCAAUGGCUUCCAGCCGCCCGAGUGUCUGACCAGUGGAGUGAGGCCCGUGCAAAGCUGCCAGGACCACACAGAAGACACCAGCAGCAGCGACGAUGAAGGGAAGCUCAUCAUCGAGCUUUAGCUGAACAAACACAUGCUAGUUGGAAUUUGCUCUGCUACAGAUUUAUAACAACAGUUAAAAGCUGAGAACCACAUGUGUACACUCAAAAAAGUCUGAAUUUGAAUAAAAAAAAUUAACUGUCAUUGACUAUUUUAUCUUUAGUUUUGAGUAAUACAUAAAAAAGUAAAUGUAGUAAUAGUGUAGGUAGAGUGCAAGCUAACGUUUAUGUUCUAUCGUGUUAUCAAGAGUAAUUACAAGCUGAGUAGGAAAUACUGCUCACGUAAGCCUCCGAGUAAGAAUUCCAGGACUCUCAGGAAUUUCAGCUAUAUCUCCCACAUGGAAACAAGAGCCGCAGCAAUUACUGAACCAGUCACAAAAGAUCUGCAAAGCCACCAUCGCAGGCAGUUACAACCAAAUCAAAUCCAUUACUAAGAGUAAUGGGGCCGAUCAUGAUAACUAAAGGUUGGGUCCGUUAUUAUUUCAUUUAUUUUUGUUAAUUAUUUGAAGUUGUAUUAAAGUUGUAUUAAAUCGGAACAUUCACCUUUUGGUCGAGCAAUGCAUGUGUUAGCGUCAAAAUGCUAAUUUCUCAUGUGACCUGACAUAGGUGUGUGUAUAAUGGAGCACUAAGCAAUGUGCUGCUGUGGACGCAAUAUCAGUUCAGAUAACGAUAACACAACACAAACAAACUAGCCAAUGAAGACAGCAGAAGACCAACAACUCAUGUGUUCCGCAAGGUUAAAUGACUGUUUCUGUGCCUUUGAAGACAGCAAUACAAUUGCUUCAGUUCCACAAUCGUAAAGGGCUUUCUGAUCACAAGGUUAAACGGUGAAAAUAUUCUAAUGUAGCAUACACUUUAUGAAUUUUCAUGUGGGCAUUUUAUUAGGUGGCUAAAAUAUGUUUUUCUGCUGCUCCCAUCCACAGCCGCUUUAUCUUGUUAUCUAGUUGCCCUUUCCGAUGGGCAACUAGCAAUAUAUUCUUUCACCUGUUUACUUAUAACUGGCCACCAGAACCGUUGACGGAUGAAACUCCGACCGCUACCCGGAUGACAUAAGUUUCGAAGAGUGUCCCCAUUGGAUGACCUGAGACCGAAGUGGCUCGGGGAUAAAAAGGCGGUUCAGUGGGAAGCCCUCAGGUACCUGCACCCACGCCUGACCUCGUUCUCAGUUCCUCAGGUCACGUUCCUCCAGGGAUGGCUUGAUAGCCAGUAGUUCACGGUUACCCACAUCAUAGUUUCUCUCUGCUGAAGAAAGUUUUCUGGAAAAGAAUGUACAGGGAUGAACCUGUACAUUCAUCUUCAUGAGGUCGGAGUAGAGUCCUGAGGUUCCAUUACUUUUUCCAGUAGGUGGUCAGAAACUCUCGAGUUAGCAAUCAACAGCAUUGCUAUCGUUUCUGUUAACGGCGACUGACUGCUUGCUUCACAUUAUAUACAUACUUAUAAGUGUUAUAAUCUGCUUAUAGCAUAGUUAUAAGCACUCAUAAAUAAUAAUAAUGCUGUAUUACAAUAAUCAUAACACACUAUAAAACAUUUAAAAUGAUAUGGUAAAGUAUAAUUCUUCAUAACUGCUGGUCACUCACUGAUGUUAUUUUUUUCAAGGAUCAUACUGUAUUAUAAUUCCCAUAGUAGUAAUAUAUUAUGAUCUUUUUAUAAUGCAUUAUAACAUGUGUUAUAAUACAUCGUAAUGUGAUUAUAAGUUACUCAUUGUUUGCUUUACGUAAAGUCAAUAAAAUGGUAAAUCUAUGCAAGAACAACACACAAAAUGUUGUAAAUGUAUCUUUACUUCACUUAAAGCAAACAAUGAACACUUAUAAUCACAUUU